UAUUAAUUUGCUUAAUUAAAAUUAAAUCGAUGUAAGUAAAUUUUCGCAAAAUUUAUGGAACUAUUAAAUUGAUUAGUUCAAUUAUUAUAAUGUGACUAUUAUUUUCAUUUUAUUUCAUUCAAAAUGGUGGUUAGGUUUUUUCAGUUUAAAUAGCUGAUGUUAUGAAUUUUGAAUGCAUUAAAAACAGGCUGAAAAAAGGUUUAACAGAUCGAUUGGAAUUAACGGAAGAAUCGAAUGGUCUAUGCUGUGACAGCAAUAAAAGACCAUCGAUUUCAUUUGAUUACGGUUGUUUGUUAUACCAUGACACAAACAAGGAUUUCGUUACAAACUAUGAUAUCCCUUCGGGUUUAAAUAACGUUAUUCCCAAUGAUUAUAAAACUAGACUUCGCACCAUUGCUCAGCCUGUGGGAACAAUAAAAUACGUGGUAUCUAAGAGAGAUACUCUAAGAGGCCUUGCGGCUCUGCAUGAAACGACAUCUUCUGAAUUAAAAAAACUUAAUAAACUGGUCACUGAUACAAUUUUUGAAGGACAAACACUUUUCAUACCCUGUCAAACAAUUGAAACUUCAGAGCUGGAGAAAUCAUCAGCAAUUACAUUAACAAAUGUUGACACACCCAUGGCAGCUAUCCUGAUAACCGACUGUGCAAAAAGUCUUUCUCCUUGUUCUAUAAAUAUAUCAAAUGCUCUGGACGCAAAUUUGGAUGCAAUGCUGACUGCACUCCCGUUAACACCCUCGUUAUUUCCGACAUCGCCACCAUUGUUCCACGCACCGUCAUCAGCCACGACGCUCGUUUCCGUACAUUCAGCUUCAUCGAACGGCACAACAGUUUCAUCAAUAUCACCGUCACCAUCUUGCUUAACACCAGCACCGACGCCGGAGGUUACAGCAGCAAAUUCAACUAAACUCUCUUUCAUUCAUUUUGACGAAGGAAAAUUUACGGAAUUGGACUCUUUCUCAUGCAAGGAAUUUUUGCUUACUGGGAUAAAACCAAUCCUCACGGCGACAAAAAACAUUCCCCGAGACAAAAUGUUUUCAAGCAUGACGUCAAAUAUUAACAUCGAUAGCAGCAAUAAUGAUGACGUCACCAAUGUUUUGGCAUCUCAAGAAAUUAUCAAAAUGCCCGUCAAGCAUCAUGUUACAGACACAAAAAUUUCGACCAUUGUUGAUGGUCUGUUGCUCUUGAGCCGAGAGUUUGUCAUGUUUGAUCCUGAAGCUACUGAUCCUUACGUCACUCAAAUUGGAUUGGAAAAAUCUAGCGUCAUCAUUCCUGUAGCUGAUGUGGCUACUGUCGCCUUAUCAUGCUUAAAAAAAGACAAUCACUGUAAAACAACACCUAACCACGCAACUGAAGCUGUAAAAAAGCUUGAAAAAAACGUAAUAGAAAAUGAGAAAAGUAUAGAAGAAACCAAUGUCUUUCCAAUUUGUUUAAACUUUUAUAACAAUUUCGAAACCAUAGAUAAAAGACAAUCACAAAGUUUUCAAGCGUCAAACAUUUCAAAUAAAAACGAACCAAUAUUCAAUUUGUACACAAACAUUAAAAUAACCACUGAUGGAAAUGUGAACGAUUUAGUUGAAGAUGAUACAACUCAUUCUAGUAGACAUCGAAAAAGAACCAAAAGCAGCGAGGACGCGUUCAAAGAAACCGGCGAAGAAAUAAAAAACGUUGAAAAAAUUUCUACGAACAAAAAAAGGGCUUCCAGUGUAAGAAACCGACCCUUGUCGUUUGUAGGAAAUUUAUUCCAACUUAGAAACAAUGUGGUGCAAUCAUCAGCGGAUUACAUUGGUGAUUCAAUUAUAGGAACAGCUGCAGCCAACUCUGAAAAUAAUCUAUCGAUAGCAUCAACUUCCACAAAAUUUGCCGCAUCAUCACUAGAUAACAUUAACAACGACAUAUCUAAAAAUCUUAUGGAAAAAACUUUAAGUUCAAUAUCAUCUUAUUCAAAUUCUAUUAUUAAUGACGUAUCUAACCAUCUUCUACAUCCAGCAUUAUCUUCAACAUUAAUCUCAGGAUCUGCAGCCGUACAAACAAACUCAUUUCAAGACAAAGAAAACUUGGUUCUAGAAGCAACUUCUUUUAUUGCUAACCCGAAAGAUAGAAUUUUUCUUUUAAGACCAAUUGAUUUGUUAACAGAAAAAGUCAAAAAGCAAUUGUACUCGUCGACUGAACCGCCGAUGGAUUGUGAGGAUGACAAAAAGUCCGACCUGCUACUUACAAUUGAGACGUUGAAGCCAUCGACACCCUCACACCAACAACAGCAAAUUUUCGUCUUUUCUGUACCUCGCAAAAAGACAAGUUUGUUGUAUUCAUUUUUCCUCUACUGGACUCCAAACUUUGAAACAGUAAAUAUCACCGAACCGUACUUUAUGUUGAUUCCCGAUGACAGAAACAGUGAUGAUAAAAGUAAUGAAGAUUCCACAAAUGACGACUCAGCAAAAUAUGUGAAUGAUACAAAAAACCGGCAAACAAAAUGUACUAGCAACAAGUGGAAGAUUGUUAAUGUUGAGGAAAUGAAGCGAGCGAUGAUGAGGAUGGAGAUCGACAGACUGCCUCCGCCUGAACUCUCCCACGCCAGUCACAUCCUCACUGAGGCACAUAUCAAACAGCUGACGUUCAACCUGCCUGCUCGCGCCGAAGGUUGUGUGUGGCAUUUGGCUUACAGCACUGAAAGGCAUGGAUUCAGUAUUCGAACUCUCUUCCGCAAGAUGGAAAAAGUUGAGGGUCCAGUGUUGCUGAUCGUGAAAGACGAUCAUGAUGUGAUAUUUGGCGCCAUGUUGUCGCAAACAUUAAAACCAAGCGAAGUCUUCUACGGCAGUGGUGAAUGUUACCUAUUUACAUUUAGGACACAAUUUUUGAAAUAUUCGUGGACCGGUUCAAACAACUUUUUUAUCUAUGGUGGGAACAAUUGCAUCUCAAUUGGCUCUGGAGAUGGAGCGCAUGGAUUGUGGUUUGAUGAAGAUUUAUUCCGCGGAAGAACCCAAAGAUGUCUGACUUUCAACAAUGAUCUGUUAACCGAAGCAGAAGAUUUUGUGGUCAAGUAUCUUGAAACUUGGAGAUUUAUUUGAAACUUUUAGACAAUUAUCUUUUUUAGAAGUUUAUACUGAAAACAUUAUCAUAUAAUUCAUAAUCAGAAAUACAUUUGUUUCAUUGUAUACUUAUUUGGCUAGAGUUAUUUUUGCGUAAUAGUAUGUUUAUAUUUCAUAGAUUCAACAAAAGAUGUUUAUCAAUGGCAAUAAAUUGUUUUUAUCAAAAAUUUUAGAAACAAAA